UCCAGUUUAUCAAAAUGUCUUUUCAAGGUUUAGUAAUUGUUAUCUUUAUUAUUACGCCAUUUAUUACAAGUAACUUUAUUCAGCCAAUCACAAUUUUAUCUGAUUUAACUAAUGACAAGGACAUACAAUUUUUUAAGGAAACAUUGCCUUGGAUAGUGGAUAAUGUUGGAUCUGAUAUCAACAUUUUUUAUCAUUUUAAAGACAGUGGUAAGAAUUCCGGACCAAGAAAGUGCGUUUUAUCUCAAUUAGCAAUGAACACAUAUCUUCAAGCUACGUUUCUGAAUUGCGAAGCAAACGGAAAACCACGUUCAGAAUGUAUAAAAUCGCUUCCAUUGAAUUUGAGAGCUUUGAAUAACUGCAUAAAAUUAAAAGUAAACCGAUUCGUCAAAGCGGCAGACAGAAAUUUCCGUAGAUAUAAAAUAAAUACAACUCCAGCACUUAUUUUACCAGGAAGACCAAUAAUUUCGAAUGAAAAACCAGAAGAUAUUUUGAAAGGUAUUUGUUUGUUUUACCCAAGAAAUAAGCCUAUAGGUUGUGUUAAUCCAAAACCUUUCUUACCUACCAAAAAGCCUCACAUAGAAAAAGAAAGCACUUCAGAAAAACCUAAACCUAACCAGCCGGAGGAAAAUAAAUCUACAAAAGAACCAUUAGAAGAAAAAGAAAAGGCAUAUCCCAAAGAAUCUGAAGGACCUAAAGAGGAGACUAAAAAUGAAGACAAGGGUCCAUCCACUAUAAAAGAGUCUUCAGCCCAAAGACCAGUAACUCCUAAUCCAAAUGAAGUUCCAGAAGAACCAACAGGACAAGAAAAAAAUCAAGCCUCUGAUAAAAAUCCCAUUAAACAAAAAGAUAACUAGCUUAAACAAGAAAGGUGUAUAAUUCUCUACUAUGUUGCAAUUUAAAUAAAACGUCAAUAGUC